CACAAACUUAAUUUAACAAAAACAAGAAUUCUCAUCCUCCAUAAACUUUGAUAGAUAUUUAAUGAAUAAGAAAAGUCAAAAUCAUAUUUUCUGUUUCCUACACAAUUCAUCAAUACAGGAGAUACUUAUUGUAGGACUACUAAUUUAAGUAAAACAACAUAUAUUGUAAUAGUUAUAUGUGUUAGAAAUAAUUAUUAAUUUUACACGUAUUUAAUAUGCUGGAUAUAUAAGCAAAAACAAACAAAGAAAUUUGGUAAGCCAAGAAAUUAUUGUACGAAAGUGAUGGAAAUACCAAGAAGAGUUUGAUCUUAAAUUUGGUUGCACUAGGAUUAUUAUUAAUUUUACUAUUUUACAGUAUUAUUGGCUCUGAUGAUAAGUGGACUUGUGAAAUUGAAUCUGCAAAUAAUAGAGGCCAUUACAUUUGUGUGGAAAUGAGAAGGACUAUGAAUUGUAAAACCAUAAGUGGUCCAAUAAGAUCAGAAAUAUUUUUGAAAGUGAAACAAGACCUUUAAGCCAGUGCAAUUAUUGAAUGUCCUUGGGAAAUAGCUGUUUCAGAAGUUAGAUUAUGUUUCAUAUUGCUUUCUAUCUCAAGUGUGUUGAUCGGAAUCUAUGCCUUGCGAAAGUCAAAUAAGAAGUAUGGCGAACUUAGUUUUUAAAUAGGAAUAGCCUUUUCUGUUUUGUUAUUGAUAUCUGCUUAUUUUGAUUAUAUUUCAAUCAAAGCUUCAUAGAUAAAUAAUUACAAUUUAUGCAAUUUAUAGGAGGAAUUUUCUAUAGAAGAGAAAAUGAAGGGAUAAAUGGAGUGUUCAUUCUCAUUUUAUAAUUUUACAGUAUUUCUUGAAUUAGCAUGCUCGAUUGCCUUGAUCAUAAAUUCUAUAUUUAUUAAUUAAUGGAGAUAUAAUCAAAUAACAGAACUGAAUGAUUAAUUGUGAAGAUAGUAUCUAUUUUGAUUUGUAUAAAAACUUGUU